UAAAGCCAUAGACAUUGUAACAGACAUGUUAAUACAAGCUACGAAUGUUUUGGGGGUUUGCCAGCUGUUUUUGUGUGGUUAAGCUUGUCAAAACAUCAAGGUCUACCAGUUCUUAAUCGAAAAACGUAAUAGACUGAGAAUAUUUUCGAUGCACAUACCAUUUCAAUGUUAAUCGUAGAAUAUGACAAGUUUAAUCUUGCGUCUUCAUCGUCAAAAUGUAAGUUCAAAUACGGAUUGCCAAGAUACAAAACCAGAAUGCGUAAGGAUUUUCUUGUGGAUCAGUAAUAAUUACAGUCUGCAAAGAUGGAUAUGAUGUUUGAAGCUUAUUUGACCCAGGAAGCAGGACACUUGGAUCCAGAUGAUAUUCCACAUACAAAAGAUCCUGUUUGGGUACUGGGAAAGAAGUACAAUGCCAUUCGUGAUUUGGAAACUAUCCGUAAGGAUAUUCGCUCCAAGUUAUGGUUCACGUAUCGCCGUGGUUUUGUACAAAUUGGAGAUACGGGGCUUACGUCGGACAAAGGCUGGGGAUGCAUGCUUCGCUGUGGACAAAUGGUUCUUGCUCAGGCAUUAGUGUGUCUACAUCUCGGUCGAGACUGGUGCUGGACUCCAGAUUCAAGGAAUAAGUCAUAUCUUCAGACUCUGCACAUGUUUGAAGAUCGCCGCGCUGCGACGUAUUCGAUCCAUCAGAUAGCAUUGAUGGGUGCGUCUGAAGGGAAAGAAGUGGGGCAGUGGUUUGGACCGAAUACUGUCGCCCAGGUGUUAAAGAAACUGGCAGUGUAUGACGAGUGGAGUUCAGUUGUGAUCCACAUAGCACUUGACAACACUGUCAUUGUAAAUGAAAUAAAGCAACUUUGCAAAUCGCCAAGUGCACAUCAUAAUCCCAACAGCAGCUUGCAGUCGAGUGGAGAGGAAAGUUUUCCUCGUUUCGUGAAGGGGCGCUGGAAACCUCUUGUUCUUGUCGUGCCUCUUAGGCUAGGACUCAGCGAAAUCAACCCAGUCUAUGUCCAAGGAUUGAAGACUUGCUUCACGUUCAAACAGUCACUGGGAGUGAUAGGUGGUAAACCUAACCACGCGUUAUACUUCAUUGGUUGCGUAGGGGAUGAAGUAAUCUAUUUGGACCCUCAUACGACGCAGCCUGCAGGCUUCGUGGAAGAGAAAGAACAGGAACACGAGGAAGUUUUUGAUUCGUCUUAUCACUGUCAGUACGCUAGCAGAAUGCACAUAUUGCAUAUGGAUCCAUCAGUAGCAGCGUGUUUCUUUUGCAACACUGAAGAUGAAUUUGACUCGCUGUGCCAGCUCAUCCAAAAGCGAUUGGUGCAUCCUGAAAAGCAGCCUUUAUUCGAGCUCUGUAAUGAGAGGCCCAGACAUUGGUCACCCCUAGAAGAUGGGGCAGAAGAAGCACUAGGCGCGACGGCUUUCUUGGCAAAUGAAGAUUUUGAACGACAGUUUGACGAUUCGGAUGAAGAAUUUGAACUGCUGGGUUGAAUAAGGAGCAGCCAUGCCUCAAAUGACUGUUGUGACGAGGAAAGCAAGUUCGCCUUCAUAUUUUGACCUUGAAAAUGAUAAAUGAUGAUGUUUGUUGUGCUCGACAGUACGCCACAGCCAGCAAGAUCUUUAUUGGUCUGCAUAUUUGAUGCAUGCAGAAGUAUAGUCUGUUCAGAUUCCUACUACAUAUGUAUAUGCAUGUGUGUUUGUGUAUAUAUAUAUGUACAUAUACAUAUAGUUUUCCAAUACAUUUGAUGAUGUAAGUAAAUAUACACUAAUGAUACUAUGCAUAAAUUUCACACAUAAUUGAAUAAUUCAGGCAUUGUAAAAUUUGUGUAACAUCUUUAGUUCAACAAAAAUUUAUUCAGCAUUUUCUUAUUGUAGUAUUUCUUUCUUACUGCACUGUCAAGUUCUAAUGUUUGAAAACUGCGCAAGUAUCUGACCGUAUGUUGUGGCUAAGUUUGUCACUGAUAUAAAUUAAGUCCUGCAAGUGCUCUGAUGGUAGGUUAUGCUUUGAACUUUUCCAUAUGUUGAUUUUUAUGCACUUUUCCUAUAGAAUUAAUGUUUUUUAACAGAGAUGUAUAUUCUAUUUUUAAUUAUGUUCAGUCAAGUCUUUUAUUUAAAUAAAAUGUUCGUACCUAACUUUUUAUUUGAAAGAUGUAUUUUAUGUAAAUUAAUCUGAGUAAAGAGACUGCUGUGACAGAUAUCUCCAGGGUACCCUAUGAAACCUCACGUGGUUUUACAUUGCCUUAUUUUGAGUGAUAAAUGUUACAUCAACGUGGGUCAAAUCUGAACCGUGGACAGUUGGAAGGAGUGCAAAAUCUUUGGGCUGUGCAGAUUAAAUGAAAUUGUUUUAAAUACAAAAUGAAUCAGCUACACA